AUGGCGACAGUUCUUGUCAAGUCGGCGCCGACACCAAAGGCUGAAGUCAUUGUCACCAAUGAACCCUUGCUCGACACGCCACCGGGUUCUGAGGUUAAAAUUGCUACGGAAGUGAUUCAAAGCCUGAAUCUAGGCGAACCUCAUGAAGAAAAGAAGUUUUGGUGGCAAAGACGUCGUGGCUAUAACGCUGAUGCUAUCGCGACACAGCCUUCGGUCUUCGACGAUCCCGAUACUGCCAAACAUUAUCAGCCGCGGCCUGACUGGGAAAACCUCCAUCGGUUUGACCCUUCUGCGAGAUGGACUUGGAAAGAGGAGUAUAGCUUGGUCCGAAAGAUAGACCUGAAGAUCAUGUUCUUUGCCUGCAUCAUGUUCAUGGCCCUCGAGCUUGAUAGAGCCAACAUCAGUCAAGCCCUUACCGACGAUUUCCUACCUGAGCUCCACAUGAACACAAAUGACUAUAACUGGGGCAAUACUGUUUUCAAGCUGUCCUUUCUCUCUGCGGAGCUUCCGUCCCAACUGGUGUCGAAAUGGCUCGGGCCAGAUCGGUGGAUUCCAACUCAGAUGGUGCUGUGGUCCAUAGUGGCUAGUGCACAGUUCUGGCUAUCUGGACGAAGCAGUUUCCUAGUAUGCAGAUCCCUCCUUGGGCUGUUACAAGGAGGUUUUAUUCCAGACAUGAUCCUUUACUUGUCCUACUUCUACAAACAUGGCGAGCUCUCUCUCCGCCUGGGGUUCUGGUGGACAGCUAUGUCAAUUGCCGACAUCAUUGCAGGAUUCUUGGGCUUCGGACUGCUCCAUCUCCGAGGACACCUGGGGUACUCCGGCUGGAGAUGGCUGUUCCUUAUCGAGGGGAUCUUUACACUCGUGAUAGGGUUGAUAGCCUUCAUCUUAAUGCCGCCAGGCCCCUGUCAAACGGCAAACUGGGCUAGGGGCAAGAAUGGUUGGUUCACUCCGCGUGAGGAAACUAUCAUGGUCAACAGAAUCGUUCGCGAGGAUCCAAGCAAAAGUUCAAUGCACAAUCGACAGCCUAUAACUCCAAAGCUGCUAUGGCAAAGCAUUUCUGACUACGACCUGUGGCCCAUUUAUCUCCUUGGUCUCAAUUUUCAGACACCCAUGACUCCUCCGCAACAGUACCUGACCUUGACAUUGAGAGGUCUAGGCUUCGACACCUUUAAGACAAAUCUACUGUCGAUACCGAACUAUGUUGGCCACAUCAUCACGAUGCUGACCUUCACAUACCUUUCUGAGGUUGUGGGCCAGCUUUGGAUAUUUGGUCUGCUUGCUCAAUUAUGGGCUCUGCCAUUUCUCUCCUACCUUUAUGCCGUGAAUAUCAACUCGAUUGACAAGUGGGCGGCUUUUGGUAUCAUGACGACUCUCCUAGCCUAUCCUAGCGUCCACGCCAUCCAGGUGGGAUGGAGCUCUCGAAACUCAAAUUCGGUCAGGUCCAGGACGGUGAGUGCAGCACUGUACAACAUGGCAUGCCAGUCUUCCGGCAUCAUCGCUAGCAACAUUUACCGCCAAGAUGACAGGCCCCGUUAUCGUCGCGGGAAUCGGACACUUGUGGCCCUGUGUGUUACAAAUGUAUUCCUAUACGGGUUCGCUAAAGUAUACUACACAUUGCGCAAUCGACACCGUGACCGAAUCUGGAAUAGUAUGACUGAAGAGGAACGUUCGAGCUAUCUGGCUACAACCACCGACAAGGGCAACAAACGCUUGGAUUUCCGUUUUGCUACAUAG